GAAACUCAUGAAACGCGCCCCGCUCGAGUCGCUCGACUGGGCGUGUUUACUCCGAACUGCUCCGAACCUUCAUUCAACGCGACUGAAAAAUCUGCACGAGCAUCCAAGAGAAGUGGAAGAAACACAGCGAGAGAAAGAAGGCGAGAAUGCAUGGCGUAUAUUAAAAUAUUCAAAAAGUGCCUUUAACGGCGAUAUCGUAGCGCGAAUUGAGAGAGAAAGAAAGUGCGCACUCUCUUCUCGGAGAUGGCUACCAUUUGCCAGGCAGUGACGCCGAUCGUCAUCGCUUGUUGGUUCUACUGCCUGUUGGGCGUUGUCGGCCAGUAUGAGUGGCAAACCCGCGACGCCUUCGACGAAAUCCGCAUGCGGAUGGACAAGGUGAACGACGACAACUGUCCGAUACAGCACCUCGGCGAUCUGUAUCUGCCGGAGGACGCGGUAUCGCAUCUGCCCGAUAUAAAGGACAUCAACAUCAACCCGGUGUUCCCGAAUCGUACGGCUCUGCUGCAUCUUCACAACAUGGCGCUCAGCAGAAGUUUCUUCUGGAGUUACAUCCUCCAGUCACGCUUUAUCCGUCCAGCGAUCAACGACACCUAUGAUCCAGGCAUGAUGUAUUACUUCCUGUCCACGGUGGCGGACGUUUCCGCUAAUCCGUACAUCAAUGCCUCGGCCAUCUACUUCUCGUCCAAUAUGUCUUACUCGCCGUCCUACCGCGGUUUCUUCAAUAAAACCUUUCCCAGAUUCGCGCCACGAACUUUCAGGGCAGAUGACUUUAAUGAUCCUAUACACUUGGAAAGAAUAUCCACCAGGAACACAUUCACCGUACAGGAUUUAGGGGCCUUUCCCACUACUAAGCUUAGUGAUGAUUACACCACUGAUUUUUAUCGUAUAAACGAAUGGUACAAGAAAUGGUUGCCAGAUAAUGUAGAUAAGAGACACGACACUAAAACAACGUAUCAAGUUGAAAUUCGCUAUGCAAAUAAUACAAAUGAAACAUUUACGUUCCACGGUCCACCCGGUGCCGAUGAAUAUCCUGGACCUGUGAAAUGGACUAGACCGUAUUUCGAUUGUGGCCGAUCAAAUCGAUGGCUCGUAGCUGCAGUAUCACCUGUAGCAGAUAUCUAUCCACGACAUACUGGUUUCAGGCAUGUUGAAUAUCCAACGUACACUGCCGUUUCAGUAAUGGAAAUGGACUUUGACAGAAUAGAUAUAAAUCAAUGUCCCAAGGGUAAAGGAAACAGCGGACCCAACAGAUUCGCUAAUACCGCAAGGUGCAAAACUGAUACUACGGAGUGCGAACCGAUACAUGGUUGGGGUUACAGAAGAGGCGGAUAUCAAUGUAGAUGUAAGCCCGGCUAUAGAUUACCGACCGUUGUACGACGACCUUAUCUUGGUGAAAUAGUGGAAAGAGCUACGCAAGAACAAUACUACAAUGGUUUUGAUUGUUCGCGGAUCGGCUGGGUUCAUAAAAUGCCGGUACAAUGGGAGAAAGCAAAACCAUAUCUCAGAGAAAAAUAUCUCGAGCAAUAUCAUCAUUAUAGGAAUUAUUCGACUGGUCCAGCUGCAUUUCAGGACACAAAGCUGAACAUCGAUCAAUCUCUCAAAUUCAUUUUGGGUAUGAAUUCGAGAACCUGCAAGAAUUAUGCACCACAAGACUUAAUGUUACGCGGAGACGUUAGUUUUGGUGCAGAAGAGUUCUUCGAAAACGAAGCGAAAAUGGCGACUAGAUUGGCAAAUUUCAUCAGCGCCUUCCUACAAGUAUCAGAUCCCUUGGAAGUUUACUCUGGCAAGAGAGUAGCUGACAGACCGCUCACGGAAGAUCAAAUGAUAGGGGAGACACUGGCCCUGGUGCUCGGCGACACAAAGAUCUGGUCAGCUGGCACUUUCUGGGAUCGUAAUAAAUUUACCAACCGAACGUUCUUUGCCCCGUUCGCUUACAAGACGCAGUUAAACACGCGUAAAUUUAAACUUGAAGAUUUAGCUAGACUCAAUGACACAGAUGAAGUGUAUACGAAGAAAAGUUAUUUCCAAAUGUUGAAGCAACGUUGGGCAACAAAUUUUGAUCAAUUGGAAAAAUACUAUAUGAAGAUAAAAAUUCGAUUCAAUGAAACUGGAGAGUACUUGAAAAAGUACGAGCAUUAUCCGAACUAUUACAGGGCAGCAAACCUGGACCAUGGACACUGGACAACUCCGUACUUCGAUUGUAACGGCAAGGUGAAGAAGUGGAUAAUUACCUAUGCAUCCCCAUUUUUCGGCUGGGACAGCUUGAAGGAGAAACUGGAAUUCAAGGGUGUCGUAGCUGUUACCAUGGAUAUGCUUCAGUUAGAUAUAAACCAAUGUGAUGAUAAAUUUUACCAACCAAACGCAUUCAAGGAUACACACAAGUGCGAUAAAAAGACAUCAUACUGCGUACCUAUCCUUGGGAGAGGAUUUGAAACAGGUGGAUACAAAUGUGAAUGCAAACAAGGCUUCGAGUAUCCAUUUGAGGAUUUAAUUACAUAUUAUGAUGGACAAUUAGUGGAAGCUGAAUUUAACAAUAUUGUUAAUGACCAAGAAACGAGAUACGAUAUGUUCAAGUGUCGAUUGGCUGGUGCCUCGUCAAUUCAAGUCAGUUGGGUACUAUUAUUAUCAAUGCUGAUGAUAUUCUUUCCAGCUCAACGAAGAUGAAAUGAAUGAAAUAGAAAAUACUCUUAGUAUUUUGUACAACAAAGUAUUUACUGCUGUAAUUUCUGUAUCAGCAAUUAUCUUUUUCAAGCCGUCCAUUAUAAAUGUAAGUUAGUGUUGCUAGAUA